AAAUGCAUGGAAAUGGGGAAAAAAUGGACGGUCUGUCAAAGCUCGAAAACAUUGAAAUGGUUGAUAUUUCGAAGGAGUCAUCAAAAGAAAAGGAACUUACUAUGAAAGUUAAAUCUCCCGGAAGGCUGAAACUGGAAUCUUGGCUCAAUGCUGUUAUGAAAAUAGAGAUUGAAGACGGUCGCACCUUGAUUGGGCAGUUUUUGUGCACAGAUAGAGAUUGCAACAUAAUUCUUGGAUCCUGUUAUGAGUACCCUCCUCCAGAUGAUAAUGCUGCUGAAGAGCCACGUGUAUUAGGAUUGGCAAUGGUGCCAGGGAAGUAUAUUGUUUCAAUCUCAGUUGAUGAUCUGAUGGUACACAACUCUCCAUAUAUUACAUGACAUCAGCCAGGUUGUGUAUUGGCUUAAUGUAUCAUACAUGCUUAACACUAUUGGAGGAAUACAAAGUUGAUUUGUUUGUCAGUUCAA